ACGGCUGCCCGCGCGUGGUGAACGUAACGUAUACAAGCUGCAGUAGACGUGGCAGGGCAAAGCAGGCCGCCUGAAUACGUCGUCGUCGUCUCCGCCGCCAGAUGCCCCCUUGGCGGCAGCAGCAGUGCUCCGACGUUCCCGGAGUCGGACGCUGUUACAGAAUCCAGUCGGUCGGCCGCUCGCGCCGUCUGCUGACGAGACUUCCCAACUGGUACAAGCAGGACCUCUUCUUCCUCCUCAGCGGCGUUCCCAGUGUCGGCAUGCCCCCGCGCGGAGUUGCCUACUCCCUGGAACUGUGACGACGACGAGCUCUUCGGUGCCGCCAUGCAGAGCGACGCUAAGCCUCAAGGUCAGGUCCGUGAACUGUUGGUGAACAAGGCGCUCGAACUGUUCACGCUAUGUGACAAGGAAGACAAGGGCUUCAUCAACAAGCGCGACAUGCAGAAGCUCCAGGGAGAACUGCCCUUGGAACCCGAGCAGCUGGAAAUGGUCUUCGACUCCCUGGACGUAGACCACAACGGAUACCUGACGCUGGAAGAGUUCACCGACGGUUUCGGCAUGUUCCUCGGGUUCGACUCAAAGCCUCGGCGCCUGAGCUGCCAGGUCGACACGCUGGCGCCAGGGACUGAGCUGGUGCCACCGGCGCAGGAGACACUAGCAGAGGAGACGGCGGACGACGACGACCGCUUCGAGGAGUUUCUGGACAACCUCGGAGCACAGAACCUCUUCCAGGACGAGGACUACGUGCGCGACACCUGGAGCCGCCUUCAGGAAAGCCAGGACUCCGCGAUGCUGGCCCACUUCGAGCAGUUCCUCACCAAGGUGAUGGGAAACAUCCGGACCAGCGAGACGCAGUGCUACGACCUCGAGAGCGCUCUCCUCACCCGGCGGCAGAAGCAAGAGGAGCAAGUGGAGCGUCUCUACGAGGAGAUGGAGCAGCAGCUACGGCAGGAAAAGGACAAGCUGCUUGCUGAAGAACGCCAGAAGGAGCGCAAACUUCGCGAAGAAUUGGAACAGGAACUCAAGCAAAAGGACCAGUUGCUCCAGCUCCUGAUGGAAAAGCAUGCCCAAUUGGAGGCACAGCUGAGGAACGUAAACACCAACGAGGCGGAGACCAAGCAGGAAAAUGCCAAGCUCCUCAAGGAACUAAACAGGCUCGAGGUUCGGUUGGUGGACUCCGAGAGAUCGAUGCAGGAAAUGCAACGUCAGGCGGACACCAUGCGGCAGCACUCCUUGGAAGAGAAGCGUCGCCGCGCAAAGUAAAGGUCACCUCGAGCCUUUGUGUAGCUCUCUAUCUUAGUAACUGAAAAGGCCAACAAUUCACAACAUUAUGACAAUACACGCAUGCAAUGGUCUUCCAUGUCUUGUUGUCUGUUUUAUACCCGAAAUAAAGUACCCCAAAUAUUUUUCCGGUGUCGUCGAUGCUUCAGCCGUUUUAAAGAAAUUCAAAAUCAUCGCAUCGUUUAACUUUUUUUUUUAUUAGACACACAUUUUAGUUAAAAUGAAGAGCGAGAGAAUGAACGCGGUAAACGAAGGAGGUAUUUGUUUCAACACAUUCAAAGGCGUCGUGUACUCCGGCGAUUUUUUGAGCCGUC